UCUCAUAGAGUCAUAGUCAGUCAUAUAGUCAGGUCAGAGCGUAUCUAAGUGACUUAGGCGAACCAUCCAGCAUUUAGUUGUUUUAUAAAAAUAAUUAAGGUUAUAUAAAAGCCCAAAUGGGUAUUCAGGGCUUAACAAAACUUAUAGCAGAUAUAGCUCCGCAGGCCGUAAAGGAAAUGGAGAUCAAAAACUACUUCGGACGCAAAAUCGCUAUCGACGCUUCUAUGAGUCUUUAUCAGUUUCUAAUAGCAGUAAGAAGCGAAGGGGCCCAACUGACGUCUGUCGACGGAGAAACAACAUCCCACCUGAUGGGUACAUUUUACCGUACCAUCCGGUUGAUAGAAAAUGGUAUCAAACCGGUUUAUGUGUUUGAUGGCAAGCCACCGGAGUUAAAGUCUCACCAGCUGAACAAGCGAGCCGAGCGCCGCGAGGAGGCUGAGAAGGAGCUGCAGAAGGCUACAGAAGCAGGUGACCAAGCAUCGAUCGAGAAGUUCAACCGUCGGCUAGUGAAGGUGACCAAGCAACAUGGAGAGGAGGCUCGCUCGCUCCUGAAGCUCAUGGGCAUACCUGUAGUGGAAGCUCCAUGUGAGGCAGAGGCCCAGUGUGCGGCACUUGUUAAAGCUGGCAAAGUGUUCGCAACAGCAACAGAAGAUAUGGACGCUCUCACGUUCGGUGCCAACGUGUUGCUCCGCCAUCUUACCUUCUCCGAGGCCAGGAAAAUGCCUGUUCAGGAGAUACAUCUAGACCGAGUUUUAGACGGGCUGGAGCUUAAACACAAUGAGUUCAUCGACCUCUGCAUCUUGUUAGGUUGCGACUACUGCGGCUCUAUCCGCGGCGUGGGGCCCAAGCGAGCCAUCGAGCUGAUCAGACAACACCGCACACUAGACGAGGUUUUGAAAAAUAUCGACACGUCCAAGUACCCUCCUCCAGAGAACUGGGACUACGCGGACGCGAGGAGGCUGUUUUUGGAGCCCGACAUCACGGACCCUAAAGAUAUUGAGAUUAAAUGGACAGACCCUGAUGAGGAAGGGCUAGUAAAAUUCCUCUGCGGAGACAAGCAGUUCAACGAGGAACGAGUCCGGAACGGAGCCAAGAAACUGAUGAAGGCGCGCUCCACCACCACACAAGGACGGCUUGAUGGUUUCUUCCAGGUGUCAACAACGCCGAACCCCAAACGCAAGGCCGAAGAGGAAAAAAAGAAAGCAGCUAACAAGAAAGCGAAGACGGGAGGGAGAGGACGAAAGCCGAAAUAAACACCAAACUAGUAAUUAUUAUUCACAACGACGGGACUUAAUCGCGUAACAUAAGUUUUAAAUUUACCUCCGACGUUUUGAGGAUGGCGUUGUCCCCGUCUCGGAGAAGACUGGCUAAAGUUGACAUCAACAUCUAGCUGCACUUUUUCCGCAGUUUUUCGAACUACCCGCACUUGGUCUUGUUUAUUAACUUGAACGUUGUGAAUAAUAAUGAGUAAAAAUCGUGAAAGUUUAAAUCAGUGGUUUACCAAACUAGUAUUGAAGUAUUUUUUUGUAUCGCUAGUUGGUAAACCUUGGAUCGCCAGAGACGUCAUAUCACGCCAAUGAAUAAUUGUGCAACGUAAUUUGACGUCAGGUAUUAAAUAAAUAAAUAAAUAAAUCGAGUAAUGUAAACAAUUUUACGAGUAAGAGUACUUGUCUUAAUUAUUUUUUGCUAUACUCCUUAGCACCAGCGACACUACGAAAUUGCAGACCAUGAAGAGAGUUAAUGCCAUACAAAUAUGAAUUUGAAUGUAUAAUAUACCAGCCGUUAAAAAACACGCAUAAUUAAUUAUUGAUUUUUCGAUUAUUCAGUCGUUACGUGAAGUCUGUUUCCAUAUAAGGUUUGUGCCAUUUAAUAUAAAAUGUUUUUGUAUAUUAAUUGGUUUUGUAUGUUCGUCUUUGCCCUUCUGUCAAAUCUUGUUCAUAUUGUUUAGCUCUUAUCAGUCUGGGACUGUUAAGUUCUCUUGCAUUUAAUUUGUAUUUUUAAACUAACUAACUAACUCAGCUUUUG